AUGGUGGCUGUGUCGGGGCCGAUUACGCCUGGGCAGGUGUCAUUUUUGCUUGGUUUUAUCCCAAUCUUUAUUGCAUGGAUAUACUCAGAGUUCCUGGAGUACAGGAAGUCUUCAACUCCUGCCAAAGUUCAUUCAGACAACAACCUGGAUGACUUAGGAAAGGAUGCCAUCAAAGAAGACGAUCGAGCAGUAUUGUUGGAAGGAGGUCUUACGAGAUCGACCUCAACGAAAUUCCAUGUUUCAUCCAUCAAAAUGAAUUUAAUCAGGUUCUUGACCAUGGAUGAUGCUUUCUUGCUGGAAAACAGAGCAACUUUGAGAGCAAUGUCUGAAUUUGGGGCACUUUUGGUGUACUUUUACAUAUGUGAUCGCACAAAUGUGCUGCCAGAUUCUACUAAGACAUACAACCGCGACCUCUUUCUGUUUCUCUACUUUCUCCUCAUUAUAGUAUCAGCGAUGACUUCUUUUAAGAAGCAUAGUGACAAGUCAGCAUUCUCCGGGAAAUCCAUUAUGUACCUGAACAGGCAUCAGACUGAGGAGUGGAAAGGAUGGAUGCAGGUCCUAUUCUUAAUAUAUCAUUACUUUGCCGCGGCAGAGAUAUACAAUGCUAUACGAGUCUUUAUUGCUGCUUAUGUUUGGAUGACUGGGUUUGGAAACUUCUCUUACUAUUACAUCAGAAAAGAUUUUAGCGUAGCACGCUUUGCUCAGAUGAUGUGGCGGCUUAAUUUCUUUGUGGUGUUCUGCUGUAUUGUUCUUAACAAUGAUUACAUGCUAUACUACAUCUGCCCAAUGCAUACGCUUUUCACUUUGAUGGUGUAUGGAUCUCUGGGUAUCUUUAACAAGUACAACGAAAACAGUUCAGUGAUGGCAGUGAAAAUUCUUUCCUGCUUCCUUGCUGUAAUCCUGAUCUGGGAAGUCCCUGGAGUUUUCGAAAUCCUCUGGAGUCCUUUAGCAUUUAUGUUAGGGUACACUGAUCCUGCUAAGCCUGAUUUCCCUAGACUCCAUGAAUGGCACUUCAGAUCCGGACUUGAUCGGUACAUAUGGAUCAUUGGAAUGAUAUAUGCUUAUUAUCACCCGACUGUUGAAAAAUGGAUGGAGAAAUUGGAAGAAGCCGAAACAAAGAAGAAACUCACAAUCAAGACAGGAGUCGUGGCAGUUACUGUAUUUGUCGGAUAUAUGUGGUAUGAAUAUAUUUACAAAAUGGACAAGGUAACCUACAACAAGUUCCACCCAUAUACAUCAUGGAUUCCCAUCACUGUAUACAUAUCCCUGCGUAAUUUCACUCACCAGCUCCGGGGUUGCUCUUUGACUCUCUUUGCUUGGCUUGGGAAGAUAACUUUGGAGACAUAUAUUUCACAGUUCCACAUCUGGUUGAGAUCAAACAUGCCCAACGGACAGCCAAAGUGGCUUUUAUCAUUCAUCCCAGGGUACCCAUUGUUGAAUUUCAUGCUCACCACUGCCAUUUACGUCCUGGUUUCUCAUCGGCUUUUUGAUUUGACAAACACAUUGAAGUCGGUUUUCAUCCCAACGAAAGAUAACCGGCGGUUGUUCUACAAUUUUGUCGCUGGAGCUGCAAUUUCAUUGUUUUUGUACUGUUUCUCACUUAUUCUUCUUCAGAUCCCUCAUUCGCCCGUAAGUCCUUGA